GGACUGGAUGGCCCACGAGGUCUCUUCCAGUUCUAGGAUUCUAUGAAACUUCUGAGGAUGCCAGCCACAGGUGCAGGCGAAAAGUUAGGAAAUAAGGCUAUUGGAAAUACAGCUCAGAAACUCAAAGGAACCCAUUGAUUUAUGAGAGCCUUGGACAAGCCUUUAACUCUCUCUCCUUUCUUCCCCAUCCUCCCUACAGCUGGCACUGCCCAAAAGAGAGAGACUAUGGGGUAUGAGGAAUCCACCUUGUGCAGCCAGGCUCUGCUCUCAGAUGGAUUGGAGGGCAGCUGAAUGCAAUCCUGUUCAAUCAAUUGGGGAAGGAAGGGGGGUCUGGAAGGAGACUUCCCACUCCCACCUCUGCGUGGAAAGGGCAGGGUGCGCCUGUGCUGCUCUCCCUUCACCCCAGGGCACCAUGCCUUAUUUGGGGCUGGCUGGAGGGGGGCAGGCUCUGACUGGCAGGGCUUAACCCCCUCCUGCUCCUCCUUCGCCCCCCCAACCCCUCCCUCUAACCUCCAAAAGGGGAAUUUUCCAGCUGGUAAUUUCUGCUGCGUCAACACACAGCUCAAGGGAAAGGAAAGGAGAGGAGACAAGGGGGCAUUCGAGCAGGCGCUCCAGCCUGCAAAAAUAGCAAGCGCUUCCACUCUAGCCUGAGAUCAUCUUCUUUCUUUUUUUUAAAGGGUCCUUUCAAAACCAGCUUCUGUACAACUUGGACCAAGUGUUUUCAACAAAGGGAGAGAGUGGCUCAGAACUGCUUUGAAGAAAGGGAUGAGAGUGGUGCAGACAUAGUCGUGCAAAUGAACAAUCGAAAGGAAGAUAUGGAGAUUGCCUCCCACUACCGUCAUCUGCUUCAAGAACUCGAUGAACAAAGACAGCAUGGUAUCCUCUGUGAUGUUUGUAUUAUCGUGGAGGGGAAAAUCUUCAAGGCUCAUAAAAACGUUUUACUUGGGAGCAGCCGGUACUUCAAAACACUGUACUGCCAGGUACAGAAGACCUCUGAGCAGGCAACCGUCACUCAUUUAGACAUUGUAACUGCACAGGGCUUUAAAGCAAUCAUUGAUUUCAUGUACUCAGCACACCUUGCACUGACCAGCAGGAAUGUUAUCGAGGUGAUGUCAGCUGCUAGCUAUCUCCAGAUGACUGAUAUUGUCCAAGCCUGUCAUAAUUUUAUAAAAGCUGCUCUUGACAUAAGCAUAAAAUCUGAUGCAUCAGACGAUCUUAUUGAUUAUGAACUUGGGGCUUCAUCCAGCAGUAGUACAGAUGCCUUGAUUUCAGCCGUAGUAGCUGGUAGGAGCAUAUCUCCCUGGUUAGCACGGCGGACAAGCCCAACAAACUCCUCGGGUGACUCAGCCAUUGCUAGCUGUCAUGAAGGAGGGAGCACAUACGGAAAAGAGGAUCAAGAACCAAAACCAGAUAAUCACGAUGACAUUUCUUCCCAGUCUCUUUGGUCAAGUGACCUAGGCUAUGGAUCAUUACGUAUCAAAGAAGAGCAGAUCUCUCCGUCCCAUUACGGAAGGAAUGAGCUCCAGUCUACCAAAGAAAGUGCAAUGCAGAAUGCUUUCUCAGAACAGAGUGCAAUGGAUGGGUGGCAGCCUACAGGGCGCAGGAAGAACAGGAAAAAUAAGGAUACUGUGCGGCACAUUACACAGCAACUGGGAGAUGAGAGCAGGACAAACUCUCCAGUCCCACCUUUUCUGUCUGCCUCUGGAUGGCCAUACAGUAGUCGAGACUCAAGUGUGGACCUGACAGGGGCAGAAGCCAACAGUUCUGACAGCAGAAUAGAAAGAGUGGACCUUUAUUCAGCAGUUGAUGAAGCCCUUCUAGGGGGUGAAGCCAGUUAUCUCUCUCAGCCUCUUACACCAGAGAAGGAAAAUGCACUUCAGGCCGUGGCCGUGGCUAACCUGCGGGCAGCUCUUAUGAGCAAGAACAGUUUGCUGUCCUUGAAAGCUGACAUGCUGGGCGAAGAAAGUUCUCUGCUCUUUGAAUACUUACCCAAAGGCACACAUUCAUUGUCUUGGCCUGGCACCAACCUGAAUCGUUCAAGGGGUGAAAGUGAUGGCAAAGUGGAAGCAGCACCUCCUCUCCUGGCUUCAUCACACCUUGCCACCCAGAGCCCCCCUGCCAUUAUCUCCUCUUCUGGUGACUUAUCACCAGAAACUGGAAAAAGAAUGGUGCCUUCUGCUCAGGUCAUCUAUGAUGGAUUCCUAGCAUUGUGGCAGGCAGACAGCUCAGACACAGAUAUGACUCCUUCACAGUCUGAAGAUGUGGAUUUGGGCCAUGAACUCUUGGAUUCCCUUGUACCCAAGAAAUUGAUUUGUGCUUUCUGCAGGAAGAUAUUUGAAUGUGUGGAAAAACUGAAAGAACACAUUCAGGAACAUACUUUCCCUAUGAUUAUCCCUUUUGACGUAGCUGACUAUUCUGAGCCAGUGUUGUCUGGUCUUUCUGGACGCACGUCUCCUGGUCCGUUUGCUCGCUUCCGGUGCUCAAAGUGUCCUGCAAGCUUCACCCUCAAAUCCAACAUGGAUCGACAUGAGAAAACAAUCCACUUCAACCGGAAGAAGAUGCAGUGCCCUCACUGUUUCAAACUGUUCCGAGACAAAACAGACUUGAAUAGGCAUCUUAUGUCUGUACACUCCAGUGAACGGCUGUUCAUGUGUCUGUUCUGCGGGAAGGGCUUUGGCACCCAGAAAAAUUGCACUAGUCACAUGAAAGUUUGCUAUCUGACUUCCACGCAGCCAAUACCAGAAGAGCUUCUGAAUAGUAUCAAUCAAAGUCAGGAAUCGGAUGAUGAUGAAUAAGAAAUUUGUUGGGCUGCGGAGAGAGUGAGGGUGAACUCUUAGACAUUUACUUAUGGGCCAGUAGAUCCUGCCUAUACUCUCAGUGCACUGUGAAUAUUGAGUGAUAGGAAGGCAGGGAAAUGUCUAGAUCAAGCAAUGGCAAACUUCAGCCCUCCAGGUGUUUUGGACUUCUACUCCCACAAUUCCUAAUGACCUAUUAAGAAUUGUGGGAGUUGGAGUCCGAAACACUUGGAAGACCGAAUUUUGCCCAUGUUUGGUCUAGAUAAUGAACUGGAGUCUUAACAUUCUUCACCUCUGUGACUCAGACUUACAGAAAUGGUAAAACUAAGAUGGUCUUCAAAUUUCAGGGUCAGGUACAAAUGCAUUAUAGAACCGUAGAGUUGGAAGAGACCUUACGGGCCUUUAUUCAGGUAAAAUUUCCUUAGGAUGUAAUGUUUUAUUUUUAUACUCUGUUUUUUUAAAAUGAUGCUUUAUACAGAGAGUGAGUCUAAUUUAAAGCUUUAUAUUGUAAGCAUAAUAGCUAUUGUGCAGCCGUUUGAGUGUUGCACUAGGAUUCUGGAGAUUGGGGUCAUGGAAACCCACUGGGCUAUGUUAUAGGCUAUGUUAUAGGCCCAAGAGAAAGGCAUGAGCAAACUUACUCUGAACAAAUCUUGCCAAGAAAAUACCAUGAUUCACCUUAGGGUCACUGUAAGUGAGAAACAACUAUUUUAUCAGCACUUAAAAGUAAAUUUGUGGUACAUUUUCUGGAAAGCAACCCCCUGCUCAUUGCAGGAUAUCCAGCAAAACCAUCCCCAGCAAAGAGUUGCCUAACGUCUUUAAAGACAUCCAGAAAAUGACACAUUUCUUUUCCAGGCAAUUGGUUCCAUUACCAAACUGCUGUCAUUGUCAAAAAGUUCCUUCCAAUUUGUAAUAGGGUUGUCUUUUAUUAAUGGUUGUUGAAAAAGAACCUAAAACACUUUUUAUUUGGAAUGUUCUCAUAACAAAAGGUUUUAUCCAGGGUUUGGGGCAAAGCCCCUCCAUUAAUAGGAAGACACUAACUUUUAUCCUACUUUCUGUUAUCUCAAAGGAAGUGUAUGUCUCUACUAUCUUGCUUCACAACAGACAAGUUUUUAAAAAGUGCUUUAUUUUCACAAGUUGCAGUGUUUAAAGUUUUUCAUCUGUGUAGUCGUCUACCGAAAGAUUUGGAAACCAACGGGUAUGGAGUUUUCUUAUCACCAAUUCUUCAUAAAUAGUUGCUAAAUAAUCCUUUAACUUGCCAAUUCUGGGAUUACAUUUAAUUUCUUUAUAAUUCCUUUAUAUUAUAUGGAUAGAAUCAAAAACCAGAUGAAAAAUCCUGCCUUUGGAUCUUUUUCUUUUAAAUAGAAAUGGUUUAAACUGUCUGUGUUGACUAGCAAAAUUUUAUUUUGGGUGUUUUAUGGUUGUGUAAGCAAAUAUUUUCUGUAUUCUAAUUAGCACAGCUAGCCGGCAAUUUUACAGUCUGGCAGCUGCUAAAUAAUUUAUUUUGCUCUUUGACAAACAGUAGGUGAGGAGAAGAGAAAGCACAGCAAGGCAGGCAAAGAUUAGCAAAUAGGAUAUCUGUACUUAAGAGAAAACACCCUGUAUCUCCAGGAAUUGUAUGUGUGUUUUAGGAAGAGGAAGCAGGUGUUACAGCCCAAAAUAAUGGCUAUCCUUGAGAGGCUGCUGUGUAUUGGAUUAAAAUACAUUCAGUAUAUUUUGGGGGAUGCUGUGUAUUUUGGUAGUAUAUCUUGGGCUUUGCAAAGAAUAUCUUGGUAGUGUAUCUUGGUCCUACUGGGUUUAUGGUACAAUCCUAGGCAAUUUUUGUGUGCAUUGCCAAAAAAUUUGAAGCAUUCAGCAUUGUAAUACAUUUUUUACAUUUUUUUUUGAAGAACUGUCUCUGAUUUGACUCCUUGUGUUUCCACAGGAAAACCAGAGACAGAUCUCAAAUUGAUGCUUUGAAAUAGAAAAAAGGACUGGAUCAUCACUUUUAAAAUUAACUAGUUUUAUUUCUUGUUUAUUUAUAGUAUUUGCAUUCCUCUUUCUCUCUCUCAAGUGGCUAAUAAUCAAAAUUGCACAAUGUAUAAAUUAAAACCUAAAGUAUAUAAACAUUAAAAAGAAAUAAAUAUGGGACUUAAAUCCAGUAAAAUCAUUAAAACCAUUAAAAACCUGUUGAACUACAUAAAACAUAGCAGUACACCCCUUCCCCAGUUAAGUCUGAAGAACCUUCAUCUUUUUGAAUAGAAAGCUUUUAUCCUACCUCUGGAAGAACAGCAGAGAGGGGCCAUUUUGGCUUCCCUAAGAAGAAGGGAGUUUCAAAGUUGAGGGGCAUUUGCCACCAAGAAGGAAGGCCCCCUUUCUCGCUCCCACCAACCAAGCUUGAGAUGGAGGUGGGACCGAGAGAAGGAAGGGCCUCUCCUGAGAGGGAUCUCCGGGUCUGACCAGGUUUGACAAGGUUGAACCUGAACUGUCUAGGGCUUUAGAGGUCAUCACCAGCAUUUUGAUUUGUGGGCGGAAACAGACUGGCAGCCAGUGGAGUUGCUGCAGAAGGGGGGUUCCCCAUUCCCUGUAGCCAGCCCCAGUGAGCAACCUUGCUGCAAUUUCCAAGCACUCUUCAGAGGCAGCCCCACAGAGAGUGCAGUGGAGUAAUCCAGAAGCCAUGUAACUAAGGCACGUACCAGUGUGACCAGAUCUGGCUUCUCAAGGACAGUUGGCGCACAGGUUUUAGUUGCGCAAAGGCCCUUCUGGCCACUAUAGAUUCAUAGAAUCAUAGAGUUGGAAGAGACCUUGUGGGCCAUCCAGUCAAACCCUCUGCCAAGAAGCAGGAAAACCGCAUUCAAAGCACCCCUGACAGAUGGCCAUGCACCCUCUGCUUAAAAGCCUCCAAAGAAUGAGCUUCUGCCAUACCCUGGGGCAGAGAGUUCCACUGCUGAACAGUUCUCACAGUUAGAAGCCUCCAGGUUCAAUGUCGAGUCCAGGAGGACCCACAAAUUCCAGACUUGUAUCUUCAAGGGGAGUGUGACCCCAUCCAGCACAGACUACAUCCCUAUUCCCUAGUCUGCCUUCCAACUGACCAGGAGCACCUCUGUCUUGUCUGGAUUAAGUUUAAAUCUGCCCUCAUCCAGACCAUUACGGGUGGCAGGCAUUGGUUUAGUCAGGACGUUUUCCUUGGCUUUAGUUGGAAAACGUAGGGUGUCUUUUGCAUAUAGGUGGCACUGUACUUAAAAAAUCCAGAUGACCUCUCCCAGCUGUUUCCUAUAUAUGUUAAACAGCACGGGGGGAUGAAACAGAUCCCUGAAGGGACCCCACAGGUGAAUGGCCAAGGGUUUAAACAAGAGUCCCCGAGCACCACCUUCUGGGUUCAUCCUAGGGAAAAAUGGAGCCACUGUAAAAAUGUUCCCUUCCCAUCAGACUUAGGCAAAGCAAACUGCUGCUGUCUCUCAGCCAGUUUAUUCUUCCACAUUAUUAACUUUUGCCAUCUUAACUGCAUUCUGAUAUCGUGGUUUUCCUCUGUGAAAUAUUGGAAGAUAGGGUUUAUUUGUCAUAUCAGUAACACUUUCAGGAAACAUGCUUGUUAAACCUAUGUAUCUCUGCUCAUUAAACCAGUGCAAAGCAGUUAUUCAAAGCACUGGAAAUUUCAUUUUCUCCCAGUGCCCUUGCCCCCAAGAUAAACUUCACCAGCAAGGUCCAUGCUUGCUUAGCUCUUGACCUUAUCAUUGCUGUGCUACUUUUAUUUCUGAUCUCUAUCUGGAUGAGCAUGGCUGUCGUUGAUCUGUAUAUACAUAGAACACUGAUACCUCUUUUAGAGCAACUAAAUCAAUCUCUAAUCCAAAGUUUUUUCCAUUCUUAUUUACCUCUGUUACAUCAAUUAAAGUUAUCAAGGGCUAACAUGAACUCAAGUCCUUUCUGUGCCCCUGAUUUUAGUUCACUCAUUCAUAUCUCGCUAGCCUGCCCUAUACUUUAUGUAUAUAUAUUUUAUAUUAUUUAUUUAUGUAUUUUUAAAGUGUGGUUGCUUUUUAAAAGCAAUGAAUAAUCUGGGAAUAUUUUAUUGCCUUAUUUAAACUAAGAAGAAUUAUUCCCUGUCAGCUUUGAAGUGUAGUUUGUAAAGAGUUAUCAUGGGACAGGCUUGUGUCUAUAUUUAGGCUUCAGAAUCAUGACAAUGUUUUUGGGUUUUUUAAAGUAACAUUUUAAGAGCAUUUCUGCAGAUAUUUUUGACAUGUUUUUCAUCUUCUCUGCCAUUCCUCCUUUUUGUCAUUCAAAAUAGGACCAUAAUAGGAAGGUAAUGACAAGGUAACAAGCAGCAGAACAAUGGAAAUUUUGCUUUUCCAUACAGCAAUGAGUUAGCAGUAAAUUACUUUUCAAACCUGUAACUAAUAAUGAGAACAAAAUACUUUCAUUUGAUGCUGAGUGUAUGACUUACUCUACUAUGCAAUGUAUAUUUUAAACUACCUCUAUUCAGAAGGAUUAGCUGAGCUAUGCCCUGGGAAAGUAACUCAAUUCCAGUAUUACCCUCAACAUUUGUUCCUUGUGUUCUUUGCGUUUCUCAGGUUAGAAAAAUUGGUGCUGGCUUUAUUUCAUAUCAGUAAAUCCAGCAGGAUUUAAUAUAUGAUUUUCCUCAGUUGCUUAAGCAGACAGACAUGAUUUCCCAAUACAUAAGAAGCUUUAUGUAUGAUUUUGGGGGUCGUGUUUUCAUUCCUAAAAUAAAAUAUGUAUUCCAUUAUGUGUGCUCAGUGUGUGUACGUGUAUCUGUUUUUUAAAGAAAUGCUGGACUCAGAUAGUCCUGACAAUGCAGUUCUGAUUGAACCAUUAUGGGUAUGUGCUAUUAGACUUUUCUCAGGGAAUGGAGCUAUUUUGAAACUCUGUAAGUGAUUGCCAUGUUGGGAAUGAUGCAAAAUUUUAUUAUACAGGCAGUCUCCAUUACCAACAUCCAAUUUACAGAUGACUCAGUUAAAAAUGGGCAAGACAAUAGGAAGUGAGAAAUUACUCCUCAGAAAGGAAAUUCACUUCUGAAAGGGUUAUUAUCAUGGGAAAAGGGGGUCCCAAUGAAGCUUUCUUUCCAAUUCUUGUUUCCACAACAAUCCUCAUUUUUCAAAAUCCAAUUAUCACAGGGACUGAAAGUGAGGUGAAAUCCUCAGAACAGGGACUCGUAACUUGGGAGAGACUGCCUGAAGUUGGAAAUGAAAGACUUUUUAUAAGUUGUAAUAACUUUUGAGUAACUGCUACAGGUCUGCUACAAUUACAAUGCCAAAGAUGUUUUUAAAUAUAUAUCCUGAAAGCAUAAGAGAUUUUUCCCUAAAGCUAUUGUCAAGCAACUAAUAAUACUUUAUUUUGAUAACCAAAAUUGUUUAAAAACAUGACAAAUGUUUUGUAUGAAUGUAAUUGCAAAGAAACUGUUUCAUAAAAGUUGCCAGUGCUGUUGUAAAUGUGUGUCCAUUUUUAUGGUGCUCUUCGUUCAAAUGGUUUCACUCUGCUGUUGUCCAUUCCUUGCUGGUAGCGGCAACGCAAACGCAUCUUCCACUCGACUCCAAUCCAACUGCAUUCUGUUUUCCCAUUCUUUUAUUCAGAGUUUGUGAAUGUAACCAUGGCUGAAAUCCAAUGUAAUGAAAAGAGUUUUAGUGCACAAGUUUCAGUUAUGGAACAAUUAGAGGGUUUUUUUUUGGGGGGGGGGGGGGAAUGAUUGAUUCAUACAUAGCUGCAAGUCAAACUCUAGCGUAGCUGUCCUUUCUCCAUGGUACAGGCAGGUUACCUACUUUUGUUUUUUAAAAGCACUGUGUUUAUGUUUAGCUGACCAUUCUUUUUUGAAAGACUGUACAAUUGGUCUAAGAAUUUAUUUCUUAGUGAUAUUAAGGGUACCUUCUAGGCAAUAUGCCCAAAGCUUUUCUCAUUCUGAUAGAACAUAUUCCAAAAUCAAGCUUUACAGCUCAGAAAGCACCGGCAUCAUUUUUAGUUUCCAAAUACUGCUGCUCUUUGGUCCCAUGGUGUGUGUUUUAGAUUGACUUUUAAAUGUAUUUUAAUUUGUAUUAUACUGAUGGUGUGUUGUAACUACCUGUACUAUGGCACCUUCACAAAGCGGUUCACUGCUUCAAGGCAGGCAUGUUUCCAGUACUGUGAAAUUGAGAAAUAAACUAUGGAAUAUAAUUUCUAGUAAUACUGUUUUACAGAGCUAGAAAUGUGUACUUGGGGAUAGAUUUUAAUAAAAAAUUGUUGAAAAGCC